GUCAAAUUCACAGUACUCCACAUCAGCACUUUGUGCUGUGCAGACCCUGAGCAGGGAGUGUGUGGGUGAGGGCCCCAAUAGUCCGGGGGGUCAAGAGCCACAGAACCUCCUGCAAAACUACCCAAAGGAGAACCAGAGACCACAACCCUUGUUCUUGCUGCUGGAGGCUCCGUGGAGCAGUCUGUGCAUGUGUGUCUAAGAAAAUCCCUCGAACAGCAUGCCUCUUGCAGGAACCCCAGCUCCCCACAAGAAGAGAAAACCUACUAAACUCAUUUUAGAACUAACCCAAGAAGUCAUGCCACAAGAAGGAUCCAAGCUGAACCUGGGGAAGAAGAUCAGCAUCCCUAGAGAUGUGAUGCUAGAAGAACUCUCUCUCCUCACCAAUAGGGGAUCCAAGAUGUUCAAACUCCGCCAGAUGCGGGUAGAGAAAUUCAUAUAUGAGAACAACCCAGAUAUUUUCACCGACAAUUCUGUGGAUCACUUCCAGAAAUUCAUCCCAACUGGGGGACAAUACGGAAUUGAUUCUCAUGGUUAUUCACAAAGCGGUGGGAGGAUGGUAAGUGGUGUAACAGUAGGGCCCUACGGAUCUAUUAAACUGCAAUAUCCUCCUGCCCCUCCUCCAAAGCCUGGCAGCAAAGGAGGAGCUGGAGGAGCUGGAACUGGAGGAGCUGGAACUGGCCACACAGAGGGAUCUGCCAACACUGGAGGAGGAGUGGAUGGUGGAGGAAGUGAGACCACUGCUGGACAAGGUGACAACAAAAGCGGCAGCGGGAAACACGUUUCCAUUUUUCAGACGUACAUCUCUCCUUGGGAAAGAGCUCUGGGUCUUACCCCACAGGAGAAAAGUAGUAUCAAAAUUGACUUCUUGUCUUCUGGCUCUAAAUCCGAACUAUGCCAUUACAAAUCGUUCAACAGGACUGCAAUGCCUUAUGGGGGAUAUGACAAGGCAGCCAAGCUGAUGACUUUCCAAAUGCCUGAAUUCGAUGCUGGUCCUCCGGUACCUGAACCAGUUGUGGUGAUUAAUCAGGAAGUCACCAACAGACCAUCUUUCAAUAGGACCCCAGUGCCUUGGCUGGGAUCAGGAGAACCCGGUGAAUACACCAUUGAGGUGAAUGUGCCACUGGCAGGUGAAACCGAGGAGUUAUAGAACCUCUACAACUCUUUUCCAACAUCAAUCUUCACUUGCAACUCCUUUACAAGGAAUUGAAAAAGUCAGAGAUUCUUUGUACUUGCCCUUUUAAAACAGUUGAAGUCCCACUAGAUUCUAACAUAUCUUUGCUGUGGUAUGUGUCCAUAUCAGAGGAGGAGAAACAAAGCACUAAAGUAGGAAGGGAGGGAUGGAAGGAGAGAGAAAGAGAGAAAUGAGAGAGAUAAAUGGCUUAUGUAUUCACCCUCCAAGACAACAACAAAAAGAGAGCUGUAGGAUGUUUAAAGAUAACUAAAUGCUGCCUGCCUGUUCUGCACUGAGUCUGACCCUAUCCUGUUGUUGACAAAAACAAAUAAAGCAUCUAGAAAAAAAGAA